CUUAGCAACGAAAAUGGUGAUAUCAGCCAUAGUUCAAGGUUUGCGGCGGCAAAGAGAAAUUUGACUGACCGCGAGCGCGGUACUGUUUCGACUCAAACACUUCACUUAGAAAGUAGUCAGAGCUGCCAUGGACAAGCUGUUCCUGUCCGGACUGCUCGGGCGGAGGAAGGAGCCCCCGCCGCUGACUAUCGACAGCUCGGCGGCUGGCGGCCGGGCCUCGCCCAGCCCCGGUCCUAGCCCCGCAUCACAGCAGCAGUUCGGGGCCGGAACUGGGGGUGGCAGCGGCAGCACAGCCAUGCUGUAUAGCAGCUCUGCAGCGGCCGCGAUUGCGGGCAGCGGCGGCGGCUCUGCCACCACGGGCUCAAUCCUGUCAGCGCUGUACGGCGGGAGGCCGCCCGAGCAGCUGCUGCUGGAUGCCGCCAGCUGCGACCUGGUGCUGCUGGUGGCGGACGAGGUGUCAGUCACGAGAGCGGUGCCGGUGCACAAGGAGGUGUUGCGUGCUCGUAACCCGGGCGGCUAUUUUUCGCGGCUGCUGGCGGACCCGGGCUCCUUCCCCGAGUACGGCGAGGGCGGCAGCGCGCCGGCCUCGGGCGGGGCGGUCAUCACCGGGCACCUCAUAGGCAAACCCAUCAUCCGCAGGACGCAGUGGGCCUGGCCCAUGGCCUCUGCGCUGCUGGGCUUCAUGUACCGGGACGUGUGCGAGGUGACGUGGGGCCAGCUGCCGGCGGUGCGGCUGGCGGCGGAGGAGAUCGGGCUGCGAGGCCUGGUUGAGGCGGUGGACUACCUGCUGGACCCGCAGCACCUGCUGCCCUGGACUGCGGCCGACCUGCGGGCGGCGGCGGCGGCGCUGCGGCGGCACCAGCUGGUGGAGGCGGCGGACCGGUACAUGGCGGCGUGCAGGGCGGCGGGUGUAGAUGAGAGCACGCGGCUCGCCAACUUUGUAUACCACGCGCGACAGGCGCGGCCGAAGUUUUCCAGCGCAGUCCCCGCCUCGCCCAGUGGCACCGGCCACCACUCACCCGCCGGCAGCUCCCUGCCCGCCAUCUCGGGCGCCUCCCCCAUUUCCACCACCUCAGGCGCACCCCCUGACGAGGACGCCGCCUGGGGCAGCCGCUUCGCCGGCGGGGGCGGCGGCUCGGGAGCCAGUGGCCAGCAGAGAUUCCGUGACGCGCGGCUGGGCCUGGACCUGAUCGACGGCGUGCUGCGCUCCGUGGCGCUGGACAGCCGCGUGCUGCGCGACCUGCUGCUGCCGGGCCGCCGCAAGGACUACGUGCUGCUGGCGGGCGCAGCAGCCAACAGCGGCGCGGCGCUGGGCUCCGCCAUGGGGCUGGGAGGCGGCGCGGCAGGAGGCGGAGGCGGGCCGCCGGGCGUGGGUGGCAUGGGGCACGGCCGCGCGCGGCGGCUGUCGAGCCUGAUGGUGGGCAGCGGCAGUAACCUGGCGCCGGCGUACGGGGUGGGCAGCCCGGCAGGGGCACUGGUGUCGCCGCCAGGGGGAGCGCUGCGGGCGUCAUCGCCGUUCGGGGGUUACGGCAGCGGCGCCGCCUCACCGAGUCCGGGUCAGGGCCGGCCGCAGACACCGUCCAGAGCCAGCCUGGAGCUGCCGCUGCUGGGCAGUCGCAUUCGCACCAUGAUGGCCAUGAGUCCGACAGUGGCUGCGGGCGGCGGCGGCGGGCCACCGGGUGGCAGCAUGGAGAACGGCGGCGUCGGCCUCAGCCCCACGCCCAUCACCGGCACGGCGGGGCACCCGUACGGAGGCGACCAUGACCGGCUGGACCCGUGGGACGCCCUGGAGCUGAUGGUGAUGGUGCCGGCGGCGCGCAUGACGGCGGCGCUGGCCACAAUGGUGGAGCGGCAGCUGGACGCGCACGCACCGCAGCCGCUCUUGGGCCCUGCGGCGGCAGCGGCGGCAGCCAAAAAGGCCCAAGAGGAAGCCGCCAACCGUGGAUUCAAUCCCUUCUCCCGCCUCACUGGGGUGCCCGGCCACGGCUGGGGCCGUGACGGCAGCGGUGGCGCGGGUUCACCGGUCUCAGGUGGCGGCGGUGGGGGUGGCAUGAAUGUGGCGCUGUCCAGCUCGCUGUUCGUGCCCACCUCCUCCACUGCACCACCUAGCCCCAACCCCGGAAUGCUGCACCGCGCCGGCUCCGGCAGCACCCACCUACACGGCUCCUCCUCCGCCAGCACGCUGGCCUCUGCCGCCGCCGCCACCGCCUCGUCCCACUACGCCGGGCUGCCCACCUCGCUGCACGCCCAGCUGCAGCAGCCGCUACUGCAACAGCCGGCGCUCCACCAGCUGCCGCCAGCUUCCAGCCUGGGCCAGCAAGACCAGCUCAGUCUGGCCCUAGCACUGGACAUGGGCGUGGGCAGCGGCGGCGCAGGCGGCGCCGACCCGGCGGCCGCGGCGGCCGCGGCCGCGGCGGCGCGGCUGUUGAGCAGUGUGCUCACGACGCUGGGGGCCAUGGAGCAGGCGCACUUUACCGUCCGGCUGGACGCGACAACGGUGUCCCAAGCGGUGGCGUUCGAGCGGCGGCGUGCGUCAGUGGACAUCUCCGCGAACCAGCUCAACGGCCUGGCCGGCAUUGGUGGAGGCGGCGGCCAUGGCGCGGGUGGAGGAAGCGGCGCCGGAGGCUCCAAGGGCGUGAUGGGGCCGGCCAGUCCUCGCGAGUACUUCAUCCCGCUGCCGGAGCACCCCUGCGGAGCCAUUACCAUAACACUGCCGCUGGGUCUGGUUCUGGUGGACUCGGCGGUGAUGGACGCCAUCAGCUGCGGCGCCGGCGCUGGAGGCCUGCACUCGGCGGGCGGAGGCGGAGGCGGCGGAGAAGACGACAACGACGGCGGCUCCCGGCGCUCCAGCCUGGACAUGCGACCGGGGGCGCGCCAGAGCAUCGAGCGCAACCCCUCCAAUGGCCGCUCGCAUUACGCACAGGGCAGUGCUGCUGAUAAGGCCUCCGAAGCGGGGUCUGUCUACUGCGGCGGCGGCGGCGGCGCGGGCUCGGUGCACGGGGGCUCUGUGUAUGGCGGCGGUGGUGGGCCGGGUGGCGGCACGUCGUCGGCGCGUGUGGCGGCGCUGAUGCCGCACCUGCUGGGCUCGGCGGCGGCUCUGUCACAGCUUAUCAGCGCAGUGUCGCUGGUGACUCAGGUGCUGCGGGUUGCGGGUGAGCAGCACGGCGUGUUCGCCACGCCGCCCAUGCGCGCCAGCCUGCGCAUCAGCAACCCCAGCGCCUCCAUGCUGUCUGUGCUGUGUCAGACCAACACCUACUUCGCGGUGGAGCCCCACCACAACACGCUCUACGUCCGCAAGCCGCCCGCCGACAUCAUGCGCCUGCUGCAGGCCCUGCACUCAACGCUGCCCAUGAAGAGCCGCGGCAGCAACACCUCCAUGGCACCCUCCACCACGUUCACUGGCGGCGGCGGCGCGCCCGGCACACCGCACCUGGGUGUGGACAUGGGCGUGUCGGUCGUGGCGGCGCGCGGCGGCAGCACAGUCGCCGGCCAUGGCCUGAGCAGCAGCUACAGCCCCAGCGGCAUGCGCGCCCGCAGCAGCAUCGACCACGGCCCGGGCGGCAUGCGUCCCGGCACGCCCAGCAACCCGCUGCCCCUAGCCGCAGCCAUGAACGCAAGCGGCAGCAGCCCGGGCGGCGCGUGGGUCGCGGGCGCCCCCCGUCGCGGCAGCGUGGACCUAGGGCGGCACAGCACAGGCGGCCCGUUUGUGGUUGGGCCGGGUGGAGGCAAUGUUGGUGGCGGCGGCGGCGGCUCCUCGUACACUAGCGGUACUCCGUAUGGACAGCUGGAGCGGUUGUUCCCGGGCUGGCACAUGCACAUUGUGGAGCUCGCGCCGCCGGGUGUGAUGGUGGACGAGUUCUAAGAUGGAUUAGGUGGGGUAGAGCAGGUAACAUACGAUCAUUGCAGCAUGCUGCGCGUGAUACGUGCAGGCUGGUUGCACCCUUGAACAUUUAUGAUACCACCCAACGGGUUGGAUAGACAUGGUGUGCAACUGCAUGUUCGUCCAAUCAAUGAUCCCACUGAGUGUGAGCUAGUGUGCUCGGAUGCAAGCAUGUAUAUUGAGUGUGUGUCUACCCGUAUGGGCAAGCUUAAGCUUACUGAAGUAAAUGUAAAUGUGAGAUAUGCGAGAUAUGUGAGCGACGGUGUGCUGCAAUUAUCCAGAGCCUUCAGGGCCUUGGCGCUAAUGCUUUCUUACCGACGGGGGGAUGCAGGGUUUGCUGCCUCUGCCUAAUCUGAGUAGAGAUCGAUAUCGCAGCAAACCAUGACCGGCAAGCAAGCCAACCGUGCCCUGCUUUUGAGACAUGGAACGUCGUUAUUGCCCUUUAUUGCCGACGUCAUUGCGAGAGUGCUUGCUCUCUCUCGCUUGC